AUAUUUAUAGUGGCAAACUAUGGCUAUUAUGUCGCAUGAGUCUAUAGUUUGACGUGAUUAAAUUGACGCAGAGCCCGCAGGCGAUAGCUUCGUGAUGCAAGCAGAUUGCUAAGAAAAGAACACCGUUAUUAACGGUCGAUUGCCUAGCCGGGCUGCCAGACCGCCGAUGCCACUGGGACGAUAGCUCGAGAUCGAUAGCGGAUUGGUGCCAUCACUGACCCCUCGAGUGACCGUAUGCUCGCGCAUUUGUUUAUUUUUUGUUUAUAGCAAUUAUGGAUCCUUCAAUUAUUGAAUUUAUUGGCGAAAAAUGCAUGAUCAGCAUUAUACCGAACUUCUCCAACGAGCCUCUGCACCUGAUAUACGGAUCUGUGGGGCCUUUUCGAGCCGGUUUUCCCGUAUUCGUGCCCCUGUGGAUGGCAACGCAUCUACGCAAACAGCAAAAGUGCCGGAUCGUGCCUCCAGAAUGGAUGGACAUGGAUAUAUUGGAGGAAAUCAAGGAGGAGGAAAAGCGCUCAAAGUUCUUCACUAAAAUGCCCUGCGAGCACUACAUGGUAGUGGCCCAGUUGGUCAUGAGCACGGCUCCGGAUGACGUUCCCCGUUGCGAGGAGCUGCGCACUGUGAUCAAGGACAUCUUUGACAUACGCGAGUCCAAACUGCGUACUUCCAUCGAUGCCUUUAUCAAGGGAGAGGGCACAUACGCGAAACUGGACAACCUCACGCUGUUAGAGAUCCACUCCGUACGACCCAUCCUUCCGUAUUCCUUGGACCACAUAGCACGUUACCAACGUACGGCCACCGCGUCUCAGAGGGACACCUCCAUGCUAAGUGCAUCCAUGGCAGCCUCCAGUUCCGGUCCAAACAGUAACUCUCUGUUUUCUCAGUGAUUUUUCCAGUCAAGGAACAUUGUGGAGUUCAUUCAAGAUUAAUAGAUAUAGUUAUUAGCUGGAUGGUUAUGUAACCUGUAGUCAUUAAACCUCUUAAAAAGUUCACAAAUA